UCCGGUGGAAGUUUCAUUAAAUUAAGUCUAGUAAAAAUCUUUAUCAUUCAAUUAUGUCUCAUCGAUGAGAUCUAGAUUCUUUUUUGAAAGGGUGUCAUCGAUGAGAUCGAGAUCUUGAAUGACGAAGAUUGUAGCAGAAAAUUUUCAUUGUAGAUGAUCGUUCUGUAUUGCGAAGGAACGAAUCAUCUCCAUGGAAAUUUCACUCAAGGAGAUCUAGUAAAAAUCCAACCAUUCAAUAAUAAGUUAUUGAGUGGUUGUGAUUCAACAACGAAGAAUUUCCACAUGAGAGGAUUUGUUUUUGUGCUGUGGCGGCGAGCUAAAACUCGGUUCAAAUGGAUCCUUGCAAGGAAAAACAAGCUGCAGUGGAAGUGAAUGUUACUCUCAAUGGUGUUUCCUCUCUAAAAGCUACAAGAAAGGAGCAUGCAACAUAUUGUGUAACUCCUGGUCACACUAUGAGAGAGAGUGUUGAUUUGGAAGCUCAAUCAACUCUGACAUUGACAGGGGUUAGGAAACAACUGAGUGACACCCACAUUGAUUCCGACAGUGAAAAUGGUAGCCCUCGAACACCUAAGGGUGUUCUUUUCAACCCUUUUGCUCCUGGUCCUGAAGACAUGGUGCGUGCUCCACAGUCUCGCAAGUAUCAUGAAGAUGUGAGGGACAAAAUUGUUCGCAAACUUCAGUUUUGCUCCUCUCCUCCCAAACCAUGAGCUACUGCAAUAACUUCUUUUUGCUUUUUCUGUACGUGUUGUUUUGAAUGGUUUUAUAGUUUUACAGUGAACAAUUGCAUCUGACCAGGCCAAUAAAUAGAUGUAACAUUAGCAGUAGCAGCAACUUAUGAAGUACUGUACACUACUAUUGAUGUUAGACUGUUUUCUUUACAAUGAAAUACGUUGUAGUGCUAAAUAAAUCAUUUCUCUAUUU